AAAGAUGACAUUGAUCGUUGGUUAGGUUAGAAUUCCCUUGUAUUCAAAUGUUGUAAACAAACUUACUAGGCCAAAUUGCUAUAUUUAAAAAAAGUUCUUAUAUAUAUACAAAAUAAAAAAUAUUAAUGGUGAGUGAUAAUUAAGUUAGUGCAAGAUAUUCUUCACUGCAUCACUCAAUUUUCGAUGAAAUGGAUGUUGAAAUAUUUAAUGAAGUGGAAGACAGUGCAGAAGACGGUGGUUUGGAGCUUUCCAGUCAAUCUGCACCUAUUCCUUUUGAUGAUGACGAUGGAAGCACUUGUCCGGUCUGUUUAGAAUCAUGGACAAAUUGUGGUGAUCAUAGGAUAUGUUGUCUCAAAUGUGGUCAUUUAUUUGGAUACAAAUGUAUAGUGCGAUGGCUAGACUCCCAAACCAAAAAAAGCUGCCCCACGUGUAAACUGCCCGUAAGGAAGUCAGACUUACGAUUCAUAUAUGCCAAAAAACUUAUAGCUAUCGAUAGUAUAGAACUGGAAAGUAUGAGAGAACAACUGGAGAAUGCUUUGAUGCAAAAAAAUAUUGCCCUGCAAAGUGUAUCAAAAUAUAUUAGUCGAGAACAGGUGCUUCAGUCUGAAAUUGAACAAUUAAGGAAAAAAGUUCAAGAAUUAACUUUAGGUGCGAAUCGAAGUGACUUCCGUAUUUCUGUCCAAUGUCCUAUCAACAGGGUGAGAUUGUACAUGGAGAAAACCAUUGAAGUUUGCAAUAAAAAUAGCUGCAGAGAUUGCAGAGUGUUUGACAUUUCAGAGUCUAAAAAUAUAAUACUGAUAGCGUCUAGAUCGUCGACAGAUCUUUUUGGAGGGUUUGGUUUGAAAAAGCUGUCUCUCUCAAAUUACAAACAAGUUAAAUUUAUUCCUUUGCACAAAGGUCCAAUUCGAGAUAUGUGCUUGCACCCAAUAGACAAUAAAGUUUUAACAGUCUCAGCGGAUCGAAAAUUCAAAAUUAUAGAUACGGACAACACGCAGACGAUCUUUACCGUAAAUAUGGAAUCUGCCCCGUGGUCGUGCUCAUGGAACCCGAAAAAAUCUGACGAGUUGCUUGUAGGAACCCAAAAUGGCACAGUCAACAUAUUUGAUAUUAGGAACCUAAAUGGACCAGUUCACUCGUUAAACAUUCCUGCCCAUUUCUUAGGUGACUUUAAUCCAGUCGUCUCAGUGGCAACAGUCAACGAACCAUUGUGCCCUGAUGUUGUUUUGGUUGCUAAAUUGACUACAGCCUGGGCAUUUGAAUGUAAUUCAGAUGGAACGUUCAACCGAUAUCUUUUGCCACUAGAAGGACCAUUCCUAUCAAUGACAUAUGAGGAAAAGUCCAAGCAAAUGUUGGUGUCUUCACGACCGAAUAGUCAAAUUAAUUUUGCUCGACAUACUGUUGCUUAUUUGGAAAGGACAAGUGAGCCUGAUACAAUUAGUUGCAAUAUCGUGCAUGCGUUUAAGGGUGGAUGCACUGCGAAACUGCUGGCAAAAACUUCAUGUUUCCUGCCCAACAAUAUCGUUGCCGGCCACCAUGAGACCAGAAAAAGCAUUUUGUUGUACAGCAUCAACACUGGUGAAGAGGUCGGUUCCUGUCCCACCCACGACAAUCUAGUUUUGGACAUGAAAGGACUGGAUACUGCUAGCGGCAAAUUUUUAGUCUAUUUAAAUGAAAAAAAGAUAGAGUUCUUCAAAUUUAAUGUCUCCUAGGAAAUGUGAAAUUAUAUCAAAUUAUUGGCUAAGGCUACUAAGAAUCGAUACUAAAAGGACUUGAAAGCCACUACUUUUUCAUUAUUUAAUGUUGCAUGUGAAAGUAUACCAGUGUUGAUUAUAUUUAUUGUUACAGGAUAAGCAUAGACUCUUAUCAACCAAUUUAGGGACAAAUCCGUACGUACCAUUUUCGUAAAAAAUUCUAUAUGAACACUAACUUUUUAAUAAUUUAUGAGUUAGACCAAUUUAAAAACCCAUUUUUUACUAGUUACGACAAAAUGGCAUUGAAUAGUUUAUCCAUUCUAUUUUUUAAAUAAAAUUCAUAUAAAGUUUGAAAUGUUAUUCACUUCGUUGCUUGCUUGUACAUUUCAUACAGGUCUAGUAAAUUGUUUUGAAUUACGGUUUCAACGCGGAAUAUUUUUUGUUGGUUAUAAAACUUGUAAUUGAGCUAAAACAUUGUAACACGAACCCCAACGCAGAAACGGUAUUUUAGUUCAUAUGGAAUUUUCUAAAAGCUGUCUCAAAUGUGUCAUAAAUGGUUGAUAAGUUUAUUUUAGAUUAAGUUAUUGUACAUUUAAAGGCAUGCAUGUAAAAAUAUAAUUUCUUCAUAUCA